GAGAACCUCUCUGUGAUUGGUCAGAGCGGGUCUGUUUAUUAACCCUCUGUUUUCUGAUCGAAUUUUCUCCCUGAUCGAAUCAGCACAGACCGGAAACAGAAACCGAACUGAGACCGGAAACGAUAAGAGAAGGAACAAAAACUGAAAUGUAAAUAAAACAAUCAUCACAGAAUGAUGAUGAUGAUGGAAAUAUAACGAAAGAGAAAAAGUGUUUUAAGGUUUGUUUGAUUAUUUCUCUGAAAAGUGUACAAAAGGGAAUCCUUCAAAAUAAAAGCACAACUUGUCACAGAACAGAAACCAAUGAAAUGAAAUGAAAGAAAAUCCCCAAAAAUCUGAUUUAUAACAAAGCAUAAACCCACAGGAGGAACUGGUUUUAUUUUGGUUCGCUCUACUAUGAAUUUGUCUUUUUCCUCUGUGAUCCUUGAUUUAGUUGGAGGAGACACGUUUAUUUUGAAAAUCGCAGUCGUGUUGAUCCGGUCAGGCUCCCGGGAUAGUUUUUGUUGGUCCGUCUGUUUUCGGCUUUGUUAUAACACAGGAGGCGGGUUUAAGUGCGGCUCUGGACCCAAAGACAUGCCGGACUGGCACGGUUAGACCCGGGUCGGAUUCAGGUGUGCAGAGUUUGCACGGCUGCGGGGGUUCCGUGCUAAAAUGUCCCGGGUUCUGAUCGUCGGAGCCGGCCUCACCGGCAGCCUCUGCGCGUGUCUGCUGAGGAGAGAGCUGCAGAAUAAAGUUCAGAUUGUGGUGUGGGACAAAGCGCGAGGCUCAGGAGGUAGGAUGUCCACCAGUCGCUCUCCUGACCCGUCGUCUCACUCUGCUGAUCUCGGAGCUCAGUACAUCACCGCCACACCGGCCUAUGCCAAGUCACACCACAGCUUCUACUCUGAGCUGCUGUCCUCAGGCGUCCUGCAGCCUCUCCACGGUCUGAUCGAAGGCCUGAAGCAGAAGGACGACAGCAAGAACUACGUGACGCCACUGGGCAUGUCCAGUGUGGUCAAACACUUCCUGUCUGAGUCAGGAGCUGAUUUGUUCUUUGAGCAUCAUGUGACCGGCCUCUACCGCCGUGGUGCAUCGUGGGAGGUUGAGAGGAAGGCCGGAGGCAGUGAGACGUUUGACGCUGUCGUCCUGACGAUGCCGGUCCCUCAGAUUCUGCAGCUGCAGGGAGACCUGGGACACCUGCUGUCUGUCCAGCAGAGACAGAAGUUAGACGGGGUCGAGUACUCGUCUCGUUUCGCCGUCGCUCUUUUCUUCUCUCCGGACGUCGUCCUCAGUUUCCCCUGGGCGGCUCGCUACGUCACAGACAGUCCCUGCAUCCGCUACAUCGCUGUGGACUCCCGCAAACGCAAAGCAGAUGCUGCCGGUCUCGGUCCGUCCCUCGUCAUACACACCAGCGUCCAGUUUGGCCUGGAGCACUUGGAGCGAGACAAGGAGGACGUCCAGCCCAUCAUCUUACAGGAGCUCCACAAGCUGCUCCCUGGUCUGCCUCAGCCAAUCAGCAUCAAGUGUCAAAAGUGGAGGUACUCCCAGGUGCUGACCUCAGUGCCGGACUGUCCGGGUCACAUGACCAUCGUCAACCUGCCGCUGCUCAUCUGCGGCGGUGACGCGUUCAGUCAUUCCAACUUCGAUGGAUGCGUGGAGUCCGCACUGAGCAUGCUCAGUGUGCUGAAGGACUCGCUGACGCCGUGACAGGAAGUCAUCAGGGCUGUGGACAAGUUUCAGAGUCCAACAGUAGGAUCCGACUGGAUACUGACAGUAUCAGUAAUCAAUGAUCAGGAUCAAUACGUUAACGGUUUGAUUAGAACUGAGAUUAUUUCAGGUUUUAAAUAAACAAACUGAUAAAUUUAAAA